CUGGUGUUGUCUGGUGUGGAGAGAGGCAGACAACAGAGGAACAACACAGACUGAGAGGAGCCUCACCAAGUACUGUCUGUGAUUUUCUACUCUGACCAAUAAGAAGAGGAGCGGAGGAGAAUCCAGCUGCUCGCUUUGCUUUUCCCUCCCUCGCUGCUCUCCUGCCUUUACACUGAAGCCAUGCCAAUCGUGUCUGCAAACACAGGGCUACAUGAGACCCUGGCCCUUCUCACCUCUCAGCUCCACCCAGAUGCCAAACACAAAGAAGACCUGUUCUUCCUCAAAGAUGUCCUCAGUGAGAGAACCCUCGGUUAUCUCAUGAAGAUCCAUGAGAAACUGAAGCAGUAUGAGAAACAGAGCCCGACUCCAGUCCUGCACAGCGCCUCCUAUCUGGCGGAGGAUCUUUCUGAAGAGCUUCAGAACGGCCGUCUGGACGAGGACGAGAGAGAACUGCUGCUCCUGCUCAACACUCCUCACCUCAAGGCAGUGCUGUCAGCCCACGACACAGUGGCCCAAAAGAACUUUGACCCAGUGCUGCCGCCGCUGCCUGAAGACCUGGCUGAAGAUCUGGAGGAAGAGUCGGUGAAGAUCGUGCGACUGGUGAAGAACAAGGAGCCUCUGGGAGCCACUAUUCGGAGAGAUGAGGCGACGGGAGCUGUAAUCGUGGCCAGAAUAAUGAGGGGAGGCGCGGCUGACCGCAGCGGUCUGGUGCAUGUCGGGGAUGAGCUUCGAGAGGUCAACGGAAAUCUGAUCACCCACAAGAGGCCGGAUGAGAUCAGUCAGAUUCUGUCCCAGUCACAAGGAUCCAUCACACUCAAGAUCAUCCCAGCUGUUGCAGAGGAAGACGAACUGAAGGAGAGCAGGGUCUACCUUCGUGCUUUGUUUGACUACACCCCCUUUGACGACAAGGCCACGCCAUGUCAGGAGGCAGGACUUCCCUUUCAAAGGGGAGACAUUCUUCAGGUGGUGAGCCAGGAGGACGCCACCUGGUGGCAGGCUAAGAAAGUGGGUGACUGUAACCUGCGUGCAGCCCUCAUCCCUUCCACACAGUUCCAGGAGAGGCGUCUUCGGUACCGGAUGAAAACGGGUUCCUCUGCUUCUCCUGUGUCGUCGAAAGCUUCCACAUACGAUCGUGCUGAGAGAGAAGACGGCGACAGCGAGGCUGCUCUUAAUGGAAAGGACGUAGCCAGCCUGCGCAGAAGUCUCCGCCUCAGGAAAGAUCAUCAGGAUUCACCGGGAGAACCUCACACACCUCCAGACGCCAAUCACUCAGACUUCCUGAUAUAUGAAGAAGUAAUGCAACACCAGCCCCGCCCCGGAGAGAGGCCCCGCCUCAUCGUACUCAUAGGUUCGCUGGGUGCUCGGAUCACUGAGCUCAAACAGAAGGUGAUCGCCGACAACCCUCAAAGCUACGGUUUGGCUGUGCCUCACACCACUCGAGCCCGGAAAUGUCAUGAGAGAGAGGGAGUGGAGUACCACUUUAUCACCAAAGCAGCGUUUGAGGCCGACAUCCAGAAGGGCAAGUUUAUAGAAUACGGGGAGUAUAAAGAUAAUUUGUACGGCACCAGUUUGGAGUCCAUCCAUAGAGUACUGGAUCAGAACAAAGCCUGUCUAGUGGACGUGCAACCAGAGGCACUGAAGAUUCUACGUACUGCUGUCUUCAAGCCCUAUGUCGUCUUUGUGCGGCCUCGGCUCUUUGACAGUCAGAGGAAAUGGCUCGGCUCCACUUCCUCCCUUAGCAUAGGCCUCACGAUUCUCAUUGGCCCCUAG